ACGGGACGCGUUCCUUCGUUUACUGGCAUUUUUGAGUUGAAUCUGUUUCAGUGGUUUCAGUUACAGUCGCGAGUCGAGUCGCGCGGUGUGGUUGGCCGGAGAGGCCGCACAGAUAGAUAGAGAAAGUGUAACGAAAAAAGUGAAACAGCAGUAGCAGCAGCAGACUCAAGUCUGGCGCCUGGCGCAUGCAACCAUGCUUUUGGAGGACAUUGUGUAUGUGCUUAUUCUGCUCCUAUCGACGUGGUUCGGACAAUAUUAUCGCAAAAUCAAGGAGCCUUUCCUCAAACAAUGGGCGAGCACCCUCUACGGACUGUUUGUGGUCACUGCUGUCUCCGGGACACACGUUUUUCAUCCAAUAGUCUGCACCCUUAUUAACUCUGUCAUCCUCACAAAGCUACCGCCAAAACAAUGUCACAUUGCCGGCAUCUUCUUUUCCUUUUUUUACCUGCUGGUAGUCGUGCGAAUACCAUGGCUGUUCGGCUUAGAGGAAGCCAGUGGGCACACGAGUUGUAUUAUGAUGCUGCUUACAUUGCGUCUCUCGGGAUUGGGAUUCGAAAUCAAUUCUGCAGCGACAGCCCCUGAGGAUGAUCCGCAAAGUCUUAAAUCAGAGGCCUUAAAAACGAUCACAUUCACGGACGUCUUCCAUUACGGGUUUAGUUACAUGGGAGUUAUUUCUGGACCUCAUUACCGUUACAGAACAUACUGGGAUCAUCUUCACCGGCCAUUCUCCGAUUACGAUCCCCAUAUCGAUAUUACACUUUACAAACUCAAGCAAAUUACCUGCUUUGCUCUCAUCUUCUUGGUCACGAGCAAUCUCUUUCCUGCCGACUACAUCUUAACAGAAGACUUCCUAAACAGAAGUUUCCUCUACAAGUUUUGUUAUAUUUAUCCCACAUUUAUAACGUUCCGUAUGCGAAUGUUUAUUGGAAUGAUUCUGUCCGAAUGUGUUUGCCAAAUGGCAGGAUUAGGAGCUUAUCCUGCGAGAAGUGAACCCAUAACUGGUCUGGGACCAAAGAAUUAUAAACUCGCAGAAACGCUGGCUAACGAUGUAGAACAACUAAAGAAAGAAGAAAUAAAUUUCGAGGCAAUUCACAAUAUGUAUGUGGAAAAAGUGGAAACUUGUAUAACAGUGAGGGAAGCUAUGAAAGUUUGGAAUACAACCGUCCAGUAUUGGAUGGCCCAUUGUGUGUACAAAAGAUUUCCAUUUAAACCACUGAGAACUGCAGUUGUCUUUUUACUUUCUGCAAUUUGGCAUGGAUAUUCCCCUGGAUAUUUUCUCUGCAUCGGCCAAAUUGUAUUCUUUUUGCCAAUGGAAGAUAUUUAUGUCAAAAUCUACAAGCAAUUAGAAGAAAAUAGUCUUACGAAAACGCUGCUAGGCGCUUUUCUGUGGUUCAUGAAAAUGUCCUGCAUGGCGUACCUCGGACUCUCGUUCCAGUUGCUCGAACUCCACGAAACAAUGACUUACUAUAAAAGUAUAUAUUUCGCUGGUCACAUUUUAGUGGCUUUACUGUACUUAACUGGGCAAAUUAUUGCACCAAAAAUUUUCAUCAAGAAGUCAAUUUAAGAGAAUUAGAAACCUUAGCGAUCCUUAGAGAUAGUGUAUAAAUUUUAGACACCGUUUGUACAUUUUCCUAGGGUGUUGACACUGGAAUAAUUUUUCCGAUAAA